CACAAAUGUCGUCCUUCCGAGAUAUGCGCAAGCAGAUCAUUCAAUGAGUCAGAAUUGAAUCCGGCGCCAUUGUCCCUUUUUUACUCCCUCAAUGAUUCCUAUCCUUCCCAGACAUCUGAUAUCAUAGCUGCGCACUGCCGUACUCAAUCGACGGCAGUGAGCCUUGAAGCUGACUUGGCUUACUUAAACCCGGUGUCGUAUCAAGGACUGUCGCCUAGAACGGAGUAAACAUGCUUGGUCUAGGGGCCUACGAUAGCAGCAGUGACGAUGAAGUGGAGAGCAGAUCACCUUCUAUUCUACCGAAGCAGAAAGGCGACAACCAGCAGGCUCAACCCUUGCAAACGAUCAAAGAUACAGUAGGAACUGUCAAUGAAAAUACCCCACUAGAGAAGAUUCCCGGCUCUGAAUCAGACGGACCUGUUCUUGGGCCGACGCAUGAGGACUCACAAAAUGCACACCAACACCCGGCCCAACCGUCACAGGUUUUCUCAGCGAGCCGUACAUUGAUCCAUGACCUAACACUUCCUCCGACCCCAAACCUAGACAUACCACCAUCUCCACCUGGCUCUCCCAAUCCCGCAGUAAACGCCAAGUUUGUUCACUUUCUCUCUUUGAAAAAGCAAGGCAUGCAUUUCAACGAAAAGCUAGCUGGGUCUACAUCACUCAAAAACCCAAGCUUGCUAAAAAAGAUGAUGGAUCAUGCAGGAAUCGAUGAUCAAGCACAGUAUCAUGCUUCGCUACCGCCUGAGAUAUGGAGCGCAAAUGGUCUGCCAAGAUGGGGGUUUAAGGAGGAACUGCUAAAGGCACAGCGAGAAAUUCAUAGUAGGGCCGAAGAAAGAAAACUGGCGGGGCAAAGAGAUGCUAUCAAUUUCGUGGCUGCCACGCCUAGCGACUUGACCCGAACUGGCUCCGGUUCUAAUUCAAGGAUGAAACCAAGGUAAUAUGCUUCUUUGCUUCUAUGGUUUUCCAGCUUGUAGGAUUUGCCGCCAAUUGAAGGCCAGGGCAGUAUGGCCAAGCGCACACUGUUUCAGAAGCCAGGAAAGAUCUUUCUCCGGCCAAGAAGCCUGCGAGAUGCCUCUCUGCGUUGGGGCAAGAAAUUAGGCUAGUGAUCGUAUCUCCCGUUCCCAUAUGUCUAUAUCAAUGGACCCUCAAGGGAAGGAGUGCUGGUCGGGUGGUCGUACGAUUGAUCGGAAAGAUGGUGGCUACUAGGGGACAACAUUCAGGUUUUAUUUCCUCCUGCUAGCGCACUUGGGAAAUGAAGUUUGAAUGACGAGGUAGUGUAGGAGACACCUUAUGCUCGCCAUGUUAUUAGGCAGAAUCAACUCCGUAC